GCGAAGCGGAUGAAAACAAACAGCAGCGAUGGCGGCGCCUGGAGCCGGGAGGCCUCGGGGCUGGAGCCGGAGCCGGAGCAGCGCGUGACGAGCCUGAGCCGGGAGGCGGUGGGACCCGCAGCGCGGAGGCCGGGGAGCACAGGCGGCCGGACUUGAGCCGAGGCAGACGCAGAGCCCCGCGGCCCACGAGGAGGGAGGCUCCGGGCGCCCAGCGGCGGGGCCCAGGCCGAGGCUGGAGGAGGCGCCCCGGGCCCCGGAAUGCGAGCCCCGAGCCCCACAGAUUUGUGUAUGCAAUGGACGCUGAUCUCAGUUCCCAGGACAGGAAGGACCUGGACAAGUUCAUCAAAUUUUUUGCCCUGAAGACGGUCCAAGUGAUAGUCCAGGCACGUUUGGGAGAAAAGAUUUGUACUCGCUCGUCAUCUUCCCCAACAGGAUCUGACUGGUUCAACUUGGCCAUCAAGGAUAUCCCAGAGGUCACACAUGAGGCCAAGAAAGCCCUGGCGGGGCAGCUUCCCGCCGUGGGGAGGUCGAUGUGCGUGGAAAUCUCACUCAAGACUUCAGAGGGAGAUUCCAUGGAACUAGAAAUUUGGUGUCUUGAAAUGAAUGAAAAGUGCGACAAAGAAAUUAAAGUUUCCUACACUGUGUACAAUAGGCUGUCAUUACUGCUGAAGUCUCUGCUCGCCAUCACUAGAGUGACACCAGCCUACCAACUCUCCAGGAAACAGGGUCGUGAAUAUGUCAUACUCUACAGGAUAUACUUUGGAGAAGUCCAAUUGAAUGGCUUAGGAGAAGGUUUCCAGACAGUCCGAGUUGGCACAGUAGGCACCCCUGUGGGCACUAUCACUCUGUCCUGUGCCUACAGAAUUAACCUCGCCUUCAUGUCUACCAGGCAGUUUGAGAGGACCCCACCUAUCAUGGGGAUUGUCAUUGAUCAUUUUGUGGACCGUCCCUACCCCAGCUCCUCGCCCAUGCACCCCUGCAACUACAGGACGGCUGGUGAGGAUGCCGGGGUGGCAUACCCGUCUGUGGAGGACUCUCAGGAAGUCUGCACCACCUCUUUCUCAACCUCCCCUCCAUCCCAGUGUGUGUUCACUGUUAGUAAGGCACAUUUUCAGACCCCUACUCCAGUGGUGACGGAUACCCUGAGGGUCCCCAUGGCAGGACUGGCCUUUUCCCACCAACUCGCCAGCUCCCGCCUUUCCUAUCAGCCCGCUGCUCUGGGAGUUGGAUCAGCUGAGCUGGCCCAUCCAGUGGUCUUUGCUGCUGGCUCGAGUGCUGCCCACCCUCAUCAGUUAAUGGUUCCAGGGAAGGAAGGUGGGGUGCCCCUGGCUCCCAGCCAGCCUGCCCAUGGCACCCAGGCCGACCAUGAGAAGAUGGCAACCUUUACCCCUUCUGAUGGUGCCCACUACAUAGUCACUCCUUCCAGCAGUGAAGACACUGAAACUGUUUCCAACAGCAGUGAAGGCCGAGGCUCCCCCCAUGACGUUCUGGAGGCCAUCUUGGUUCGGAAGGUGGGAGCGCUUGUCAACAAUUCACUGGAUCAGGUAACAAUGACCAAUUUGGACAUCCCCUUUGCCAUGUUUGCUCCCAAGAACUUUGAGCUUGAGGAUAAUGAUCCCAUGGUAAAUCCUCCUGAUUCCCCAGACACUGAAUCUCCUCUCCAAGGCAGCUUACACUCCGAUGGGUCCAGCGGCGGCAGCAGUGGAAACACGCACGAUGACUUUGUCAUGGUUGACUUUAAGCCAGCCUUCUCAAAGGAUGACAUUCUGCCCAUGGAUUUAGGGACCUUCUAUCGGGAGUUUCAGAAUCCCCCCCAGCUGAGCAGCCUCUCCAUCGACAUUGGGGCUCAGUCCAUGGCUGAAGACCUGGACUCGCUCCCCGAAAAACUGGCUGUGCAUGAGAAGAAUGUCAAAGAGUUCGAUGCCUUUGUGGAGACCCUGCAAUAAAGUCGGCAUCGUCCCCACCCCCCAGCAGCAGCAGCAGCCCCUUUCUUGGACACCCCUGAGGAUAGAGACCAUUCCACCUCUCUCUCUCUCUUCUCUCCCUCUCUCUCAUUUGUUAUUUAUUCAGCUUCAAUCCAGGCCAGGGGGUGGAAGGCAGAGGGAAGGGGCUUCUCCAUUCCUGCCCCAGUCAAACCCAGGGGCCAGCAUUGAAGAGGGCCCAGUCCCUGCAGCAUUUGAAUUCUGGGUUGUAACCUAAGCACAGCUGGUGAAAAAGGGGGCUUCCCCACCUCCCCCAAGGGUCUGCUUCUCAGUGUAUAUUCUACCAAGGGUCUUUCCCACGCCUGCCUAGAGCAGAGCAUUCCGACCUCAGCCCCUCCUGCUCAGCCUGCUGAACAUCACCAUCCAGUUUGGCCUGUAGAGUUAUGGACCUUCCACACCUGUCCCCUGGGUAUUGUGGCUCUAUGUAGGGCUGAGGACACCCCACCGCUACCCCAGUGUCCCAGGAACAAGAAAGGCAAGAGGGCAGUCCAGUGCGGCAGUACCACACAUGGUGCAGAGGUGGCAUUUUACUUUGCCAUCCCUCAGUACUCUGCCCACUAGACAAAAGAGCUGUGUGUUUCUGGCUGCUCUCUGUUCUGGGAGGGCUGACCGAAUAGCCCAGUGCAGUCUGUCUCCCAAGUAGUAUAAAUGCUUUCAUGACACUAUGCAAGGCUGCGUUGGACUGCCUUGAACGACUUGUCAGGUUACCUGUCCCCUGCUCCUGACCCACGGUUGUAAAUAGAAACUCAGCCUCCUACUUUGUUAGGGUUGUGUCGUUGGGCCUCAUAGACCAGGAUUCUCCUCUUUCUUUUCCCUUCCUCUCCUGUCGCUGCUCUGUGCUUAGAGAUAAGCAUCAAACAGUAAAUAUUUAUUGCUUUAAGAGAAAUGAGAUUAUUUUUUAAAAUGCAUUUGAUGUGGACUAUUUUGACCCAACUGUGGCUCUGGGAAGGCUGGGUCUUUCCUCUGCCCAGCAGGGCCCUCUUAAGAUGCCAGAAGCGGCCCUGGGACCUCUCGUCUCCAUCAGAUGCAUUGAGGACAGAGGCCUAGGGAUAGCUGUGGACUUGGGAACACUCUCCAUUUCCCAGAAUUGCUGUGUUUCAACUGAGCCCCCCAGACACCAACUUCUUGCAAGUGUGGGGGUCUCCCCACCCCUUCCAAGAAACUCUUUUUUGCUGGCUGAGAUUGCAGAGUUUUCUUCCUAAUGCCACGCUAGCUCCAUGACAAAAUGGCAGCCGCUGUGCUAAAAUGGAUGAGGCACGAGGACUCUGCCUUUGAGAGGCAAGGCCUUCAGUGCUGUGCCAUAUCCCAAAGCCCCAGGCCCCAAGUGCUUUUGGCUGCCUUAGGGGGUUCCCCAACAGGCCUAGGUAUUCCUGCUACUACUGGUGGCCUCUGAUCCUGGGUGAUUACGACUUUCUUCCUCCUGUCCACCUCUAGAGCCAUCCAAAGGGGCCAGGAACUUGAGCUUGAAACAUCGGUCAUGGGACAAGGGGGUGAACACUUCUUCCACUCCCAGCCUCCACCUCUGAAUCUAGAAGACAAGACAUUGCCCCGUUGCUUGCCAGUUGGAUCCAAAGCCAGGCGUGGGGUUGACCCAACCUUUCUAGUUGUUAUUCGGCUGCCUCUCACUGCCAGGCGUUACCUGUGUGACAUUGUCCCCACUUCCACUCCUUCCAUGUAGGGACUAUGGGCCAUUCUCCAAGGUGGAUGAAGCCUUCUAGGCCUUGGUGCAUGUAGGUCCUGAGGAAGCAGCCGCCAAAUGGAACAGAUGGCUUUCUCAAAUCUUUCAUUGUAAGCUGCAUGUGACAGAAAUGCUCUGACCUGCAUGUUCUGCCGCCCCAGUUUGAGCUAAGCCCUGUGCCCUGUUGAUCACCUAGCUGGCCUGGAUUUUUGUGCAUGAUGUCUGCUACUAGGAAGACAGGAGUGACCUCAGUGGUGAUGGGAAGGGGACAACUCACAGGUAGAUUUCACUUAACCCUCCUGUCAUUAGAGGCUAGGUUUCUCCCAGGCUUGAGGGUACAGUCCAAGGCAGUCUUGGCCCUAAGUCAUUCUUGAUCCAGAGGACAAAGGUGAGCACAACCACAGAGUCGAUCCAAUGGUUUUGGUUCAGUGUAGGACAACCCUACAAGUAUUGGUCCAUGAGUUGGCUACACCAAUUUGACCCCAGGGCUGUUCAAGGAGGGAGGUAACAUGGACCUUGGAAACAUUUUCCCCAUCUCUGGACUUCUUCCAGCUCUUGGUUGGUCAGCUCCAUAGACACCACCUCUGACCAGCUUCCCCAUGGCCCCCGCAUGAAAAUGCUGUGGUAUCCUAGCCGGGAGCACUGUCAGUACAGAUGCUGCCCUCUGCAGGCAGUAAGUGGCUGUUCUCCUUGCCAGUUUGCUCAGUGGCUGAAGGAGCUGAGAGUUAAAAUCUCACCAGUACUGAGCAGUAGCUUCAGACAAAGCCCAUGGCAGGUGGCAUAUUCCAGCCCUAGUAUGUUAGCCUUGCCCGAUGCCAAGAGAUUCGGGCCCUGGACGGGUUCUUGGGCUCUGUAUGUCUUCCUGAGGUCAGUCUAGCAGGUGUCAGCAUAUCCAGGGCAGACCUGGCUGGUGACUAGCCAUUCAGAUGCCCAACCUGGACAGGAGCAUCUUCACCCCUUCUCUGGUUUGAAAACAUUGAGCUGUUACUUUCAAAUAUAUUCUCGAGAAGUUUCCAAUAAAAUUUUUCUGUACACAA